GUCAAUCAGAAUGUGGAGAUCCAAAGGGCCCGUCUGCGAGAUGAUAUUAAAGAAUAUAAAUUCCGAGAAGCACGUUUGCUGCAAGACUACACUGAGCUCGAAGAGGAAAACAUCUGUCUCCAGAAACAAGUGUCUGUCCUGAAGCAAAAUCAGGUGGAGUUUGAAGGCCUGAAGCACGAAAUCAAAAGGCUCGAAGAGGAAACAGAAUUUCUCAACAGCCAGCUAGAAGAUGCCAUACGGCUGAAGGAGAUCUCCGAACGCCAGCUUGAGGAGGCCUUAGAGACACUGAAGACAGAACGGGAGCAGAAGAACAAUCUUCGUAAGGAGCUCUCUCACUACAUGAACAUCAAUGACUCUAUGUACAACAGCCACCUGAACAUCUCUUUGGAUGGUCUGAAGUUCAGCGAGGAAGCCACAGAGCCCAAUAACGAUGAAAUCAUGAAUGGAUUUGAACAAAACUGCCUCAGCAAACUCAGCAACGGCAAGAAUAGUACAUCAACGCCCAAGAAAAAUGAAAGCUUCCCUCCAGCACCAAGUCUGGUUUCAGAUCUUCUGAGUGAAUUAAACAUUUCUGAAAUCCAGAAGCUGAAGCAACAGCUUGUACAGAUGGAAAGAGAAAAGGUGAACUUGUUAACCACGCUACAGGAAUCUCAGAAGCAGCUGGAAAAUACACGGGGUGCCCUCUCAGAGCAGCAUGAGAAAGUUGGCAGACUCACAGAAAACCUGAAUGCAAUGAAGAAGCUCCAAGUCAGCAAGGAACGUCAGUCUGCCCUGGACAAUGAGAAGGACCGAGACAGCCAUGAAGAUGGAGACUAUUAUGAAGUUGACAUCAAUGGACCAGAGAUUCUGGAGUGCAAGUACAAAGUGGCUGUGGCAGAGAUUACUGACCUAAAAGAAGAGCUUAAAAAUCUUAAGGCCAAAUACAAAGAGUGUGAGUCUAAGUAUGAGGAAGAGAAGAGCAGAUAUGAGACUGAGAGCCAAGCUCUCACUGAGAAGAUCACCUCACUAGAAAAAUCCAGUAGGCACGAUAGAGAACAAGUGGCCAGACUGGAGAAGGAGCUGAAGAAAGUCAGUGAUGUUGCUGGAGAAACACAGGGCAGCCUCAGUGUGGCCCAAGAUGAGCUGGUCACCUUCAGUGAAGAACUGGCCAAUUUAUACCACCAUGUCUGCAUGUGCAACAAUGAAACUCCAAACAGAGUGAUGCUGGAUUACUACAAGGAAGGUAAAGGUGGACGCAAUAGUCCAGAGACCAAGGGAAGAAGAUCUCCCAUUCUUCUUUCUAAAGGGCUGUUAACUAUAGAGCUAGGAAAGGCAGAGAGUGGAAGUGGUGACAGCAGCCCGUCUCCAGUGUCAUCUCUGCCAUCUCCUGUGUCAGAUCCUCGGAAGGAACCAAUGAACAUUUACAACUUGAUUGCUAUAAUCCGAGAUCAGAUCAAACACCUGCAAGCUGCUGUGGACAGAACCACUGAGUUGUCCAGGCAGCGUGUUGCCACUCAAGAACUUGGGCCAGUGGUGGAUAAAGACAAAGAAGCUCUCAUGGAGGAAAUCCUGAAGCUGAAGUCCCUGCUGAGCACCAAGAGAGAACAGAUAGCAACUCUCAGAACUGUGCUGAAGGCCAACAAACAGACUGCGGAGGUAGCCCUUGCCAACUUAAAAAGCAAGUAUGAAAAUGAGAAAGCUAUGGUUACGGAGACAAUGAUGAAGCUGCGAAAUGAGCUGAAGGCUUUGAAAGAAGAUGCUGCUACCUUCUCUUCCCUGAGAGCGAUGUUUGCUACAAGAUGUGACGAAUAUGUCACACAGCUGGAUGAAAUGCAGCGGCAGCUUGCAGCAGCUGAGGAUGAGAAGAAGACUCUGAACUCCUUGCUUCGGAUGGCUAUCCAGCAGAAAUUGGCACUGACCCAGCGCCUGGAACAUCUGGAGCUAGACCAUGAGCAGUCCAAAAGGGUGCGCACAAAAUCUGCUUCCAAAGCCAAGAGCAGUAACCCUAGUCUGUAGAGUAGUCCCUGGAGAAGGCCUUUCCAACAGUGCAACGGCAUUUCUUAGCCUCUUUCAUUCUGGUUAAAGUGAUAGCCCAUUGCACAAAGAACGGAAACCACUGACCCGAUCCUAACUUUUGAAAACACCUUUUCCUAUGUACUACCUGAAACUUUCCUUUUAUGUCUGAAGCUAUAAAACAAACAAGCUUUACCUAUAAGUGCUGCUGCAGUAAGAAAACUUACAAGUGCUGAAGAAACCUACUUCAAAUGUACUGAUCACCAUGUUAGUUCAUGAUCUACUAGAAAUGUUUGGAUGGGGGAAUUUCUUAUUUCAUUGCAGAUGCUCAUUUUUUAUCUGAUUGUUAAACCUGUGCACUUUUGAUAUUUUGAUAUUUUUCUUUAGCUUCUUUAAUUCCUUCUGUAGAAAAGUUUAUAUAAACACAGUGGUUUGUGCUAAUAGUCUCUCUCCAAUUUGGGCUUGCGAUUUUUGAAUUCUACAUUAGCAUGUGGCAGAGAUUUUUGGAGGGCUCUAGAUUAUGAUUCAAAAAGAGUUUCAACAAAAAAAACAGGAGCUCUGCUUAACUGUGUGCUGUGCUUCAGCAGCUUUUUUAUUAUUAUAAAAUAUUAAGCUUUAUAUGUUUAAAUUACUGAUUUUUUUUUUUUUUUAACUGCCAUAUUCAUUAAGAAAUCCAGGGUAUUCAAAUUCUGGGGUUUUUUCAUAUUGUAUUAUUAUUCUUAGGAAUAGUUCAAUGUAACAAGAAGAAAACUUGACUUUGCUCUGGUUAAAACAGUAAUAGGCACUUGAAAAAUAUUAAAUAAGUAGUAUUACCUAUGAAUUCCAGAAUUCCUGGGUUUUAGGAAGUUGAAGUAUUAUUGAUUAACAGAAUUUUAUACAACUAUACCAGUUAAAUUCCAAAUUGGAAUUGUUUUGUUACUUUUUCAUUUUAUUGUGCCAAAUUAUGGUACAUUUAGAAAGAAAAAUUCUAAAGUUGUCAAUGAUAGGGUGUUAUGUAUCAGCACCUUUCUGUCAUUAAUUAUUGCCAGUAGUGCCUUUAAUCAUUUUAAGGGAGACUCUUAGAAUAGCUUCGUCUAAGUCCUGUUACUUAGGAGAAAUGGAACGACUGUUUUGGAAUUGAGUAAAGACAUGGAGCAAUAAGUGCAAAGUGAACUCCCCUUUCGCACAUUUUUAAUGGGUAGUCUUUACUAUAGAGAUUAUAUAUUCAAGGAAUUGUAAAAAAUUCUGUUAGUCAAUGAUAUUUCAUCAUGUAAAUCCUUGCUAAUUCAGGGGUAUAGAAAAAAAACAACAACAAAACAACACAACAAACCUAAACAAACCCAAAUCCACUUUGGGAACCAAAUGGACUCAUGUUGAACAAAUGAGC